AUGAGGUAGAUAUAUAGAACCUGACUGACGAGCAGGAACUGUGUGUUUGAGAUUGCUCCGGCUAUGCUAAAACACUUACAUCUCUGAAACUACCUGUGACAUGCAUCCUAACACCAAAUAAACGUCGAAAGGGAGACGCACGGAGAAGUUACGGGAUUCAUCUGCAGUGAUUUUACACUGGAAUUUACAAUUAUCACUGAGGUCUUGCGUUUUGUCUGCAAACUUGUCCUGGAGUUGGUCCGUCUGGGGGCAACACCACCAAGAACCCCCCCCACUAGUAAAGGUUAUUUUAUUUUUGCAAACCUACCAAAGAGAAAGGGGGAAACACGAUGAACAGGAAAACGCGACGCUGGAUUUUCCAUAUUUUUCUUUGUCUUGGGAUUGUGUAUCUCAAAAUAGGGGGUUUCUCUUCAGUGGUGGCUUUGGGAGCAAGUAUCAUUUGUAACAAGAUUCCAGGUUUGGCACCGAGACAGAGGACUAUCUGUCAGAGCAGACCUGACGCCAUCAUAGUGAUCGGAGAAGGAGCACAAAUGGGCAUCAACGAAUGUCAAUUCCAGUUCAAAAACGGCCGCUGGAACUGCUCGGCGCUAGGAGAGCGAACUGUCUUUGGCAAAGAGUUGAAAGUGGGCAGUAAAGAGGCCGCCUUCACCUACGCCAUCAUCGCCGCUGGCAUCGCCCACGCCAUCACCGCGGCCUGCACCCAGGGCAACCUGAGCGACUGCGGCUGUGACAAAGAGAAGCAGGGCUUCUACAACCAGGAGGAGGGCUGGAAGUGGGGUGGUUGCUCUGCCGACAUCCGCUACGGCCUGGGGUUCUCCAAGGUGUUUGUGGACGCCAGGGAGAUUAAACAGAACGCCAGAACACUCAUGAACCUGCAUAACAACGAAGCGGGACGCAAGAUCCUUGAAAAAAACAUGCGAUUGGAAUGCAAGUGUCACGGAGUUUCUGGGUCCUGCACGACGAAAACGUGCUGGACAACACUUCCCAAGUUCCGCGAGCUGGGAUACAUCCUCAAGGAAAAAUACAACCAAGCAGUCCAUGUGGAGCCAGUGAGAGCCAGCAGGAACAAGCGGCCCACUUUCCUGAAAAUAAAAAAGCCACUCUCCUACCGCAAGCCCAUGGAUACAGACUUGGUUUACAUUGAUAAAUCACCAAACUACUGUGAGGAGGACCCUGUGACAGGCAGUGUGGGAACUCAAGGCCGAAUAUGUAACAAAACAGCACUGCAGGCCAAUGCCUGCGAUCUGAUGUGCUGUGGACGAGGCUAUAACACACACCAGUACUCAAGAGUGUGGCAGUGCAACUGUAAGUUCCUGUGGUGCUGCUAUGUCAAAUGCAACACUUGCAGUGAAAGAACAGAGGUGUACACCUGUAAAUGAACUAUUUAUAUGACACACACACACAUCGCUAUAUGUGUGCACACGAGAAUUAUUUUUCUCGGGAAAAAAAAAAGAAAUUACACUUCAUUUGCACAUGAUUCCUACCAGCGGCUAAGUGUUCCUUUCGAUCCGGAUGGAAAAGCAACUGGGAAUGCCUGCAGUACUGCCCGGUCUGUGCAGGGCUGUAUAAAGAAAAAUGACACUGAGAAACACAAAAGGAAAAAGAGCCGUGACCCUGAAGACAGAAUAUAUUCUCCCCCUUAUUCAGAACAACAAGGGCUUCUAACAUCAACCAGGAGAAGGGCAAUGUUCUCCUGCUAGAAUUUAAAAAGACCUGUUGGUAGAGGUUUGCCUAGUGGGAGACAAACCUUUGAAGGGAACAGACAGACAGGGUCAGCAUUGUCCUUUGCAUGCUUUCAGUGUGGAUUAUGCAGAUGGAGGUUUCUGCAAUCGUGAAAGUCUUCUAUUCUGUUCAGCGGUUUGGAUCACCACUGGAUUGCCUGCUAUAAGUUCUCUUCUCCCACACACCGGAUCAUUGUUCUGAAACCUGUGUACCACUAUUCAUUACCUAGAUUUGGAGGAAUUGUGCUGAGGACUUUGGGGACAUUUUGCCAUAAUAUAAAAUGAAACAGUAAUUGCAAUAUUUAACAGUUUAUUUAGAUUAAAAAAAACUAAUAUUAAUUUAUUUAAUAAACUACUGAUUUUGUAUGGGACUGUUCUACAUGGAAAGUAAAUAAUAGGAUUUCCUUGUGGAGGAUUUGCUAUUUUUGUUUGUAGAUGCAGAAAAAAACACAAGCAAGAAACACUGGAGCUGUAAAUAACAGGACUUCUUAUGAUACCACUGAUAUACUUUGCGGAGAAGCAUAUUGUAUUGUUUCCUGCAAAGCCAAGCUGAAAAUAGAUUUUUUUUUGUGAUAUUUUUGUUUCCCUGCUGUUUGCUGCUAGUUGUCUGGAAAAUCAAACUGCCUCUUAUUUCUGUUUUAUAAGCCACUAUACUGACUUUGGUAAUUGAUAGAAGUUACCCAUUGUCUAGUUUUUCAAGUAAAACUAUAAACAAAGUUGAUACUCCAGACAAAUUUCCUUCAUGUGGAAAAAAUUAACCAUGGUCAAGAGAAUAUAUUUUGUAAGAGACUAUUUUUAUAUGAAUAUUUUAUUUAUACUAUUUCUGCUUGUAUAACUCCAUAUCCCUUUACUUUUCCCCCUGCAAAUGGACAUAAAAGCUAUAAUUGUCAGCUGUGUUUUUUUUAACAAAAUAAUAUAGCUGAUUCCUUUAUUAUAUCAGAAAAAGGGACUCUUCAGUUAAAUGUAACAGAUUUUGUCAGAAUGCACAACAAAUGUUCCUCACGUUAGCUGCUUCUGAAUGUGCCUGCAAACUGGCUUGCUUACUGCAUUUCAGACAAAAACAGGGUAUGUAACAGUUUGGUUAUAUGGCUUCAAUUCCUGAUUGGUAUUAACUGGUUAUUCAUUUAUCCCAUUCAGAGAAAGAAAGAAAAAAAAUCUGGAACAGCUACCUGGUCUCACCACUCAUUAAACUGUGCUGUUAUGACUGGCAAA